ACUUCGCCCAGAAUCAAGUAAUUUAAAUGAAAUUUACAAUAUAUUCAUUUUGCAUUGUCUAUUUUAGCAAGAACGGUCAGCACUCGACCAAAAUCUUACAUAACGCAUCUUUAAAUAUUGGAUAUCAGGAGCCCAUAUUUUUACGCUACAAGUCCUUAAUAUCGAUCGAGUGAACCGGUGUAUUUAUGUCAAAAAACAAUCCAAUCAACAAUAGUGUCAAUAUACUUGUUGCUAUGUAAAUACACCAAUCUGUGCUCCACUGAAGAUGUGUCUGCCAACACCGAAUAGAAGUUUGUGUGGACUACUAAACUGUGUUUUUUCAAAGAAGAAGUCUGUAGUGGUUGUUUUAGCUUUAAUGAUAUCAACAUUCACAUUAUAUAUGUAUGGAGUUUUAUUCCCAAAUUAUUAUUUUAAUAUCAGAUAUUUACAACGUAGCAACCAAACAUCGAUUAGCAAUCAAACAUCGAUUCGUAAUCAAAUAUCGACUCGCAAUCAAACGUCGAUUCGGAAUCAAAUAUCGAUUCGCAUUCCAAUAUCAGUUCAAAAUCAGCAAAAUACAGUGGUAUCCACAAUCCCGAAUAGCAAGAUGCAAGUGGUUACUACAGGAACACUAACUGCGAUUUCUCGACUCAAGGGAACAACCCCGGGUCCCCAAUCUAAAAACUUUAUUGUGUAUACGUGUGGUCGUGGGGGAUUGUGUGGUGGAUUCGGGGACAGACAAAAGGGGAUAAUAGCAGCUUAUCUUAUUGCAAAUAUUACUAGAAAAAAUUUUAAAAUUGAAAUAACUACACCCUGUAAUAUUUGGAUGGCAUUAAAAGCCAAAAAUAAGAAUUUGGUUAUACAUAAGGAUGAACUCAAAGAUCGUAAAUCUACAAGUCGAUACUUCAUUGACGGUGGGGGCUUCAGUCUUCGUCAAGAAUCAACCACCUCAGACAUCCGGUCUAGAUUUAACAACGACGUAGUUUAUUUUAGAACAAAUGUUGAUUUCGUGCGCCAUCUUAAUUCCAGUAAAUUUUACACCAAAGAACUUAGUUGGAUGAAGAGCAUGAAAAGACAUGAAGUAUAUAAAUAUAUUUGGGAAAAGUUGUUCACGCUGACUGAAAAGAUGCAAAAACGCCUUGACGAUUUUCUAGCAAAACGAUCAGACAAAAAACUUGUCUGUGCUCAAGUGAGAAUAGGAAAGAACCCUUCCAAUAUGCAAGACCCCAUGAUGACUGAUAUUAAUAAAAUUGGUGCUUUUUGGAAAUUCUUCGAAAAAUAUAACGAUGCGUCGAAAUAUAGAUUUUUUGUGACAACAGACGCCGGAAAAGUGAGGGAUGUUGGUAAAAGUAAAUUCCCAGGAUUAAUGUUGGAUACACAGGGUCCUAUUGUACACGUGGAGCGGUCCCGUGUAAACGAUAUGUGUGGUGGUCAAGAAAAGGUGAUUUUAGAUCAAUAUAUUUUAGCACUUUGUGAUAUUUUGGUAAUUAGUAAGAGUGGAUUUGGGCGAGUGGGUGCUUUUCGCCGUGGUACCAAUAAAGAUUUAUAUCUAUUUGAAAAUGGAGAGAUAGUUAGAACUGAUAUGGAUACAGACCAGUUUAUACCCGGUGGAUGGUAAACUACGUGUAUACUGGAGAUGGGGGGGGGCGUUUAAUUAUGAAUUGUGAAAUGAAACAUUUAACAAGAUACACCCACAUUUUGCAAGAGAUGGAUAGAUAGCCAUUCACUAUAAAAUGUAUGCAGUGAUUGGACAAUGAAACGGGUGUUCGAGACAAUAUACCACCGGUAGGGCGUGUGUAUUACGAAUCAUAUCGACUAAAGUAAUUAUGUAUUGUUCAAUGGUCGAGAGAGAGAGAGAGAGAGAGAGAGAGAUGGGGUUUAACACCCACUCGACACAAACUAGGUCAUUUCGGGACUAACAUGUGGUUUUUAAUUUUAUUUCAAUAAUUCGCGUGCGCGUAGGGGUCUUUAGCAGUGGGAGGAAACCGGAGGACCCGGAGAAAACCCACGAGGUUGGACAGGCGACCCUACUCCUUGUCACGUACAACCGGGGAUUCGAAACCACGCCAGUCGACUCAAUGACAGACUUUAUGAUAAAGCGCGCGCACGCUAACCAUUCAGCCAUCCAACCCCCCUUCAAUGGUCGAAAGCGACAUAUUAAGUAAUAUAUUGUAAUAACAAGAGGGCCGUAAUUAUUUGAAAUAAUGGUACGCCAACAUCAAAGGUUGACGUCACAUCUGUAUUUUAAAAAGCAAUAUUAGACAGAUCUAUAUUAUAUGGUACUUAUCAUAGCCCAACAUCAUUUCAUUUGGAUAAAUGUUAAUGCAGAUACUUCAAAACAAAAACCGCUUGCUAUAUGAAAUACAUUCAGCCAUGUUGAGUCAGUCAAAAUUUGGGUGUUCGAUCCUUGCAUUGGCCGAGAAAGUUCAUCGGAAUUUUCCGGCGUGGUAUCCCCAAAUUGUCAGUGGUGUAGAUAUAAUACAAUAUCAUUCGGGAUCUAAAAUUUAAUAUUGUAUUUUGAAUUCAUAUUUUAAUUUAUAUUUUUCAUUUGUAACUCAUUUUGACAGAUGUGGCAGAUUAAUUGUAAAAUUUAAUCUAUGGCAGGUGUGGGGGUUAUGACAUAGUAUUAUGUAACAUGGGUUUGUCUUUAGACAAGUAUAUGAUAUAAGAUUUAAGUAUUGUUAACAAGUAUUAACACCUAUUGGUUAGUGUUAAGAUGUGUGACUCUUAAUAAUUAGUUUUCAUUGUUCUGAUUACUAAUGCUAUUAACUAUGGCGUGCCUAUAGCUGACGCGACAGAUAUUGCUGCACAUUAUAAAAAGCCUAGUUGAGAAUCGGGUCUAGGCAGACCUAGGAGAGACCUAGAGAGACAUAGAGGGAAUUCGGUCCGGACCUCGGGAGAGUGCAUGCCCUCGACCCCGGAGAAGUUGGGCUUCUGCGACCUAGGAGGGACAGCUGUAGAUAGACGUUACUAUAUCUAACCACAAUGACUUUCAUAUGUAGAGUUGUACAUGUUAAUAUGUUAU